AUGUCCAACUUCGUCUCUUCCCCCCGUAUUCCCUCCGAUGCAGCACAUCUUCUAAACUCAUCUCAGAUCUCUUCAUCCUUGGGAAGAUCGGUCAAUUCACCUCUGAGCACACAACCAAAUCUCACGUUCAGUGAUGCUCUGCAGGAUCAAAACGCUCCAGCUGCCGAACAAAAGCCGCCUUCGACUUUCCGCCGGAAUAUCGAGGUUCCGAAGGUGAUUGAUGUGACUGGUGAAAAGGUCAGAGAGCUGUUUGAACAGUUCGUAGAGGAGUUCGUGGAUCCAGAGCCCGAGAGGGGUCAUAUCUAUAUUGCGCAGUUGAAAAGUAUGGCUGCAUUUGAAAUUACCACGUUUUACGUGGACUACCAGCACUUAGUGGGCCGGGAAAACGGUGUGUUGGCCACCGCCAUUCUUGAACAGUACUACCGUUUCUAUCCCUUUUUGCUUAAAGGCUUGAGAAAAUUGCUCCUGGUAUAUGCACGGGAAGCGUUGCAGAAGAACCUCUUGGGUGACGCUGCUGACAUCGAUGGGGAAUUCCGUGAUAUGGAGGCUGGCUCUUCAACCACCCAGGAUUCCACCAAGAUAGAUAAGGUCUUCCAAAUCUCUUUUUUCAAUUUGCCUGUCACUCAUAGAAUUCGUGAUAUUCGUACCGACAAAAUUGGCUCUUUGAUGGCCAUUUCCGGUACUGUCACCAGAACCUCAGAGGUACGCCCUGAGUUGUAUAGAGGCUCCUUCACUUGCGAGAUGUGUUCUGCUGUUGUUGAUGGCAUUGAGCAAGUAUUCAAGUAUACUGAACCUACCACCUGCCCCUCGUGUCCCAACCAGUCGUACUGGACUCUCAAUGUUGCCAAGUCGCAGUUUAUCGACUGGCAAAAGGUCCGCAUUCAAGAAAAUUCCAACGAAAUUCCCGUGGGAUCAAUGCCUCGUACUCUAGAUGUCAUCAUGCGCGGAGAAGCGGUCGACAGAGCUAAGCCGGGUGAUAAAUGUAAAUUUACUGGAACUGAAAUCGUCAUUCCUGACAUUUCUCAGUUGGGGCUCCCUGGUCUUAAGGCUCAAAGUAUGAAGGAGAGUGUUCCUGUUGCUUCUGACUUGAACUCUGGUGUUACGGGUCUCAAAGCUUUGGGUGUGCGUGAUCUCACUUACAAACUUGCAUUCUAUGCUUGCCAUGUUGCCUCCAUUGUAGCCAAGGCUUCUGAUAGUGCCGAGCUUGGGGAGAAAGAGCUUGAGUAUCAGGGUCCGAAUGAGCAGGAGGUGUUCUUGAACUCCCUAUCCGAUGCAGAGGUCUCUCAAUUAAAGGAGAUGGUGAAGGAUGAAUAUGUCUACGAUAAACUAGUACGGUCAAUAGCUCCUGCAGUAUUCGGUCAUGACACUAUUAAAAAGGGUAUUUUGUUGCAGUUGCUUGGUGGUGUCCACAAGAAAACGGUUGAGGGUAUCAAUUUGCGUGGUGACAUCAACGUCUGUAUUGUCGGCGAUCCUUCUACCUCCAAGUCUCAGUUCUUGAAAUACGUUUGCAACUUCUCCCCACGUGCAGUUUACACUUCUGGUAAGGCCUCUUCUGCCGCUGGUUUGACCGCUGCUGUGGUCAAAGAUGAGGAGAGUGGCGAGUUCACAAUCGAAGCUGGUGCCCUCAUGUUGGCCGACAAUGGUAUUUGUGCCAUUGACGAAUUCGAUAAAAUGGACAUUACUGAUCAAGUUGCUAUUCACGAAGCCAUGGAACAACAAACUAUAUCUAUCGCUAAGGCUGGUAUUCAUGCAACUUUGAACGCCAGAACCUCCAUUUUAGCCGCUGCCAAUCCAAUCAGCGGUAGAUACAAUCGUAAAAUGGGACUUCGAGCAAACUUGAACAUGACUGCUCCCAUCAUGUCCCGUUUCGAUCUUUUUUUUGUCGUUUUGGAUGAAUGUAAUGAGAGGGUUGAUGCUCAGUUGGCUGACCAUAUCGUUGAUCUCCAUAUGCUUCGUGAUGCGGCAAUAGACCCCCCAUUCUCAGCAGAGGAGUUGUCAACAUACAUCAAAUAUGCCAAGACUUUUAGACCAAAGAUGACGAAAGAAGCGCGCGAUUUCUUGGUUGCAAAGUAUAAGGAAUUGAGAAGUGAUGAUGCGCAAGGCAUCAGUCGUUCUUCUUACAGAAUCACUGUCAGACAGUUAGAAUCCAUGAUCAGAUUAUCGGAGGCUAUCGCACGUGCCAAUUGUACUGAAGAAAUUACCCCUACUUUUGUUUCUGAGGCAUAUGACUUAUUGCGUCUGUCUAUCAUCAGAGUCGAUUACGACGAUGUUGAGAUUGAAGAAGAAGCAAACCCAGACGACCCAGACCCAAAGAAUGAGGCAAUUGAUGAAGAUGUGGAGACUGUCGAUCCUCGCCCAGAGGGUUCUUUGCAACAACCAGCCGAGGCUGUGCCUCAACCGGCUCCGAAGACCACCGUCACUUACGAUAAAUUCGUGGCUAUGAUGAAUUUGAUGGUGAAGAGAGUUGCUGAAGAUGAUGCUGCAAAUGGUGAAGGUUUAACCCUGGAGGAGCUAGUUGAAUGGUAUUUGCACCAAAAAGAAGAAGAUCUUCAUUCCAUCCAAGCAUAUCAUGAGGAAAGAGCUUUGGCUUUCAAGGUCUUGAAACGUCUUGUGAAGGACAAGAUUUUGAUGUCAAUUACCAGUACCGCAGACAACGGACUCCCAAUACAAAGCAGCGAAAGCGACGCAAACGCAGGAACCGCUAGGGCCGUCCCAACCGCUCCAAACAUGCCAAGCAAGACCGUGUACAUCAUUCAUCCAAACUGCGCUAUCCUAGAUUUUUUCGAUGCGCAAAACAGAGAAGAGGCUACACAGCAGGAAGAACAGAGCUAA